AUGCAUCCGUUUGGCGGCACACCGAUAUGUCCUAGAUGCAGUAAGGCUGUUUAUGCUGCAGAACAGGUGAUGGGACCUGGCAGGAAGCUUUAUCACAAGCCUUGCCUGGCUUGCACGACGUGCAACAAGAGAUUAGACUCGUUUACGCUGCUUGAACACGAUCAGGAGCCAUACUGCAAAACCUGUCACGUUCGAAACUUCGGUACUCGCGACCUGAGACAUGCUAAUCUCCCCCAUCGCGAUGAUAUGCCCUCCUCACCUGCACCAUUUCCUGCGUCACCUGUGCGCAACUCCUUCCCUACACCCCCUUUCACGCGCGGUCAAUCAGUAGAUUUGAGCCAGCGGCAAGGUGCCCCAUCCCCGGUGCGUGCGCACAAUACUGGCACAGGACGCUAUGCGAACGGUGCUAUGUCGCCACCGCCCAUCCUCAAAGCGAACUCGGUCCUCCCUGCGCGGUACAAUCGCUCACCCAUCAAUCCCAUUGCUGAACUUAGCUCUGAAAACACAAAUGAACCUAUCAACACAAACACGGACUCCGAGGAAGAGAUAGAAGAGAUGUUGGAAGAAUCCACGCCACCUCCUGCCAUCACCUUUGCGGGGACGGCUACUAGCACAGUCCGCGUCGGCGAUAUGCCGCGUACUGUCCCAUUGAGUCCGACGAAGUCAGCAAGCAACGGUACUAAUGCUACGUCUACCCCGAAGUUUUCCCCUGCAACACUUGGACGCUCCAGUUCAUCUUCUAUGACUCCGUUGCAGCCGACUGCCACUGGUACACGGUAUGGCGCAGCACUUGGUUGCGGCGGUACUCCAGUAAAAGUUUUUGCUAUGGGGACCACACCAGCUUGUCCACGGUGUGGGAAGAGCGUUUAUUUCGCUGAACAGAUGAAGGCCAUAGGAAAGACUUGGCAUAAAGGGUGUUUGAGGUGCAAGGAGUGCAAUACCUUGUUAGAUUCGACUAGAUUGACGGAGAAGGACGGAGAUCCCCUUUGCCAUCGAUGCUAUUCAAAGCUGCACGGCCCAGCGGGAAGUGGCUAUGCUCUGCUCGGUAAAGCUGGCGGUUAG